AUGGCUUCUGCAAUUUUCUGCAUCGUACCCAUACUUUUUUCUCUCCUUCUCCUUCCAUGUGAAGCACAUGUAAUCAUACACCCCUUUGAAUAUAUAUACCAGUUGGGAGAUUCAUUGGCGGAUACAGGGAACCUCAUUUGCCAAAGCGCCACCACCGGCAAAACACCGGCCGCUGCCCAUCUACCAUACGGCGAAAGCUUUCGUGGCGGGCCCACCGGUCGCUGUUCCAAUGGUCUUCUCAUCAUAGACUUCGUCGCCAUUGCUCUUUCUCUCCCAUUGCUUAAUCCUUAUCUCGAUAGCAACGCCACAUUCGAUCACGGUGCCAACUUUGCAGUAGCCGGAAGUACAGCAUUGGACUAUACUUUCUUCACCACAAAGGGCGUUUAUAAUCCAUCCACUAAUAUUUCCUUGGGCGAUCAGCUUAAUUGGUUUAAAUCCCACCUCAACACCAUCUGCCUUACACCAGCAGAAUGUAAAGAGGUGCUUAGCAAGGCUCUUGUCUUUGUGGGUGAGAUUGGAGGCAAUGACGUUAACCAUCCUCUCAUACAAGGCAAAUCCAUUCAAGAGAUUUACACUUAUCUGCCAUAUACCAUAGAGGCCAUUACUAAUGCUAUUAGAGUAAGUUUCUAUAUGAUUAUUAUCAAAGAAGUGAUACACCUUGGUGCUGUGAAUAUUGUUGUUCCCGGAAAUGUUCCAAUAGGAUGCUUACCGGUUGGCCUGACAGUAGUCUCUGGUGGUAAUGAGACAGCCUAUGACGAUAUGGGAUGCUCAAAAGAAUUAAAUGAGCUAGCAUUGGUUCAGAACAACUAUCUUCAAGAGUCUUUAUCUUUGCUCAGGCAAGAAUUUUCUCACGCUGAUAUAAUUUAUGCUGACUACUACACAGCUUACAAAACAAUUCUUUAUGGUGCAGCUGAUUUCGGGUUCGACGAAAAAUCGCUAUUAAAAUCAUGUUGUGGAAUUGGAGGGCUAUAUAACUAUGAUCAUAAUAGAGAAUGUGGGUCUCGCGGUGUGCCUGUUUGUCGUAACCCGACUCAAUACAUAAGCUGGGAUGGAAUACAUUUGACACAGGAGGCCUAUCGCCAUAUUACAGAAAUUCUCUUACCUGAUAUCCUCCCUGGAAUACGAUACAUUUAG